AAUAGACCGCCAUCAUUGAGUGAGCUUGUAAGUCGUAUUGACAGCCACAAAAUCAACCAAGUGAAGAGCUCAAUCGAUGAGAGAAGGAACACAGCGCGUACUAUACUCACCAGACAGGAGAAUAACGCGAAUAAUCCAAAGAGUUAUAACAAACAUACACCAUCUUUGUCCGCUAUCCAAAAGCGUUUCGCUAAUCAAAAUAGUGAAUCAAAAGAAGAAAUAUCAAACAAAGAGAAUUAUCCACUUCAACAUAAUUGGACAUUAUAUUAUGAUUCAAAAUCAGCAACUUCUACACCAACAACAGCAGGUCCUACCGAUAAGGGUACCUAUGAAGCGGGUCUAAACGUCAUACAAGAAAUGAAAACUGUAGAAGAUUUCUGUAGAGUUUGGAAUUGGUGCAAACCACCUUCAAAACUUGAGAGACACUCAAACUACCAUUUCUUUAAAGAUGGUAUUAAACCAUUAUGGGAGGAUCCAGCAAACUCUCAUGGCGGAAAAUGGGUAAUCAUUGUAAGAAAUAGUCACUGGUUGUUAGACAGAUGUUGGUCUUGGUUAGUUAUGGGUCUAGUUGGUGAGGAAAUUGACGACGAUGACCUCAUAACUGGUGCUGUCGUCAGUACGCGUCCACGAGGAGACAGAAUUCAAGUUUGGACGCGUCAAACGAAGGUUGAAGAGUGUAAUGAAAUAGCCAGAAAGUUAAUAAAGAUACUUGAAAUUGGAAAUGAUAACAAUAACAAUAACAUUAGCUUAGAAUUUCAAUAUAAUCAAUCAAAUCCUCCAUCUACUAAUGGAUUCAUACAUAUAGUACCAUCAUAUAAUAAUAAUUCACCAAGCACGACACCAACAAUUGCAUCAAAUGGUGGGUUCAAGAUACCAAACACACCAACAGACAGGUGGAGACAAUAAAACUGUAACAGAAUAGGAAAGGGUAUACCAGGUUUUCAAUUUGUAAACAUGAAAUAAAUUGUUC